AUGCCUUCCUUUGCAGAUAUACCGACAGAGCUUGAGAUUCAGAUCCUCAAGCACCUUGCAGAUGACAAGAAGGCACUGAACUCUAUGAUACGUGUCAAUCGAGCAUGUCACAUGCACGCCAUCAACCUUCUUUGGCGACACGCUUCUGCACAGGAUCUUGCAGAGAUUGAACCACUUCCUCGACGUCAAUAUUACGCCGACAUGUUUAUCAAGCUAGAAGUGACUGCACGACAAUGCUAUCCCAAGUUCAACUUCUUGUUGUUCACCACUCUUACCGAGGCCAUCCUCGACCCACCAGUCUUCCGGCAGGUAACGCCUGUAUUUCGAUCAAUUCGACUCCGCCCAUAUCUGCAACCUAGCUUAAGAAAGCUACACCUCGAAAAUGGCGUUGUCUUGACGGAAGAUGCAUUGGAUAUGAUCUGUCUGAGCUGUCCCCUGUUGGAAGACCUUAAACUCGCUUCUCGGCUUGCUUUUGCUGACCCCAAUGAAUAUCUCACUCAUUGGACCCUCAACUUCCCAAAGUUAUCGAGGCUUGUGCUUGCAUGGAAGCACAGUUAUUCGAGCUCGGCUCUGCAGCAACUAGGUGUAAAACUCCCGUCGCUGGAGCAUCUCGAGGUCCGAUACCACGAUCUGGAUGUAUGGCAGCAAGGACCAUCGAGAGCUGUAUUCCCUCGGCUGAAGUCUUUUGAGCUUCAUUACCAAACAUACUCACGUCACCACAAUUUGUAG